AUGAAGAAUUUCAUAUCAUGGAACCUAGAGCGCGAGCAUGGAGAUCUUGGCCUUGGUAGCUCUGCGCGGAAGCCCCCUCUGUCACCACUAGGGAAAUCUUUGAUCUCGAAGACAGCUAGCAAGUCCGUUCAGAUACACGCCAACGAAGUCUAUGACUCCGCUGGCGAACACAUUGGAUUGGCCAAAGCAAGACUCGAUCUCAUUCACAACAUGAAUUCACUCGAUGGUAUAGAGACACGAAGAGAUCAACUUCCCGCCAACAUUGUUACAAUAUUUGAUUUUGGACUUAAGCGCAUUGAAGGUCAGCCUCCCAAGCAGUCUGACAUCGCACUGAAAGCUAUAGCGGCUGCUUCAGUUCAUAUCAAAGGCGUAGACAUUCCCGAGCUUCGAGCAAGGUUGCAAAACUACGGUGCUGCGGAAACUCGCAGUGGUGAAGAUAUCCUGGAAGCAACAAGAGGCUUCCUUCUUGGCACCAUAAGAGACGACCCUCAGAAACUUGCUGCAUAUCACCAAAGCUUCUUCUAUUACAUUGCGGAGCGAUACCACCAGGGGAUACAUCAGUCUUGGGACUACCACCACGGCUCCUACGCGUCGCUGAAUAAGAGUCACGAAUGGGAGGCGGAGCAUCAAACUCCUUCCAAGGCAUCGAAGGAAGCGAAGAAGGAGCGCUGUCUUUUUUGCUCGACGCUGCACGAUGAUAUCGAGAAGCUCGCGCCGAAGCUGCAAAGCGCAGAAUACGCUGCAGCCUGGCCCGUGUGCCGAUGGAAUAUCAGAAGCCUGGCCAAGAUACGGGAGAGUCUCGAAACCAUCGUCGUGACAUUUCGAUAUGUGCCCCCGACAAGCGAAAUAGACGAUAUGGGAGGAGCCAACGCUGAGCUGCCGACGCGAACCUUCUUCCUCUUUCCCGAAGAAGAUGUUCAGCCGCUGCCGACCGCGCAGGAACUUGGCGUUUCGACAAACCCAGCGCUCAAUGGUGGCCACCGAAUACGUUCUUGGGUCGAGACAUGCGACCUCACGCAUACUGACUGCAUGAAACGGAGGAGAGCUACACCAAGGUCAAAGAGCGGCCCACCAGAAGCACCGGUUCGCCUCGUAGAAACGGCAUCAAGCUCUGUGCAAGGGCCCUAUUGCUCCUUGUCGCAUUGUUGGGGCGAACCCAACUUCGUCCAGCUACACGUGGAAAACAAGGAGAAAUUCAAGAAGGAGGGAGUGGGCUGGCAUCUCUUUCCCACGAACUUCCAGCAUGCGAUUGAGAUUGUCAGGGCUUUGGACAUUGGGUAUAUCUGGAUAGAUAGUCUAUGUAUCAUCCAGAACUCCGCUGAUGACUGGAAUUACGAAGGGAGUCGAAUGCAUCUUGUGUAUCGGAAUAGUCACUGUAAUAUCGCUAUUGCGGAUUCGCCCGAUAGUUCGUAUGGUGCUUAUCGUACCAGGGAUCCGGAGGAUGUGGUACCGGUCAAAUACCAACCUGUAACGGACUCGCCGUUCUUCGGGAGGAAAAGCUGGGUAGCAGUCGCGAAGAACUUGUGGGAGAGCGAACUACUGCAUUCAGAUCUGUACAGUCGCGCAUGGGUAUUCCAAGAACGUAUGCUGUCGCCGCGAAUCCUGCACUUUGCGAAGUCACAAGUCUUUUGGGAUUGCCCCUCAUUGAGUGCGUGCGAAACACUUCCAGCCGGGCUACCACAGCCUAUGGAUAGUGCUGCUGGGCCAGACCGGCACUGGCGAGGUCGGCUACAAGAGCCUGAGGGUAGCCAAGAGCUUUUGGCCGGAGCAAUCGAUCAGUCUUUAGGCUCUUUCUGGAAGACGGCAGUUGGGAAAUACUCCAGCUGCAAUCUGACAAAGGGUAAAGAUAAGCUAAAAGCAUUUUGGGGCAUCGCAAAGCUGGUGCGGGAUGCGCUGGGUACUGAGUAUGGCGAGGGCCUGUGGGAAGAAAAUCUGGAAGAUCAACUGGCCUGGCGAGUGGAAGACUGUAAGCUCACAGAACGUCCGAACGAGUCUUUGGAUGUUAAAUUCGCGCGUGAGAUUCCUUCGUGGUCCUGGGCAUCCAUGGACGGUACGGUCGUUGUACCUGACCGUCUAUCUGACCAGCUACACCACAAAGUCAAAGACCACGACGGCCGACCGUUAAGCUUCGAUUUGAAGGGUGUAAAGCGAUUGGUCCGGACAGCAUCAAAAAGACCUGGAAACGAGGCGCCGCCCAUGCCGGCGCGUGGAAUAAGCGAUAGCGGACCAGAGCUUCAGCGGCGGAAGGAGCAACGGGCAAAGGAGCAGUUAGGCAUGAGCGACAAAGAAGAAAUCCAUAGAAGCAGUAGUCCGGAAAAGAUAAACAGGGAUGCGGAGCCGGAGUACUACAGCAAAUCGAUUCGGAUCCAAGGACACGUAGGCCGUGGACGACUGCAGUGGGAUGACACAAGAAAGAAGUGGGUGCUACAGAUUGACGGCAUCAGCGAUGUAGAGGUGGAGGCUUUUCCAGAUAUUGUUCCGGUACUAGGAGAUUCAGUUGCAGAGUUACCGUACUUUGCGGUUCUAGCUGCGAAGCAAGUCACCAAGCCAUCGUCGUUCAAGCCCAACAUGGGACCAAAACCGCUAGAAAGGAGAGGUACGCUCCCGAAGAUCGACGAACUGGAAGAUCCAAGGGACAACGAAGAUUUCGACUACGCGGGGCAUGGGAUCUUGAUGAAGUACACUGGUGAUGAUCGAUUUCGUAGGACGGGAGCCUUUCGCUUUCGGAAUGCGAAUGACGGCUUCUAUAAAAGGUUGCAGGAGACGGAGAAUUGGGAAGAAAUUUCACCUGAGAUGUAUCAUCCGACACGAGGUCGUAAGUUUUGGCUCGACUGA